GCGCUGAGCAAACGCUCGCUACCUCCACAAAAACAUCGUAGAAAUGGGGGGCCGCGAACAUCACCCGUCCCAGAGCAGACCCAUGUUGCGACAGGCCCCCACGAUGCGUUUCUUUCUUAUGCUCUCGUGUCUCGCCAGCCUUUGCCUUGCGGCUGCAGCGACCGCGGAACACAAACACGUCCCGCUGCCUCAGUUCGAGGCGUUGUUCUCCGUGAACCUCCAAGUCCUUACUGAGAGCACCUUCCAGGGGCCGUUCGGGACGCGAGUUCACAGCAUGACAAGCGGAGGAAACCUCACCAACGCCACAACCGGCGAGAUUGUGGGACAGGUGCUCCAGAAUCAGGACAACGGUCUCUACAGCACCUCAGGAAUAUUCUUCCCGAGUGUUGUACUGCCCGUGGUGUGGGCCGCCGAUCAGAAGCUUGGGUCUAUUUUCAUCACUGGAGUGGGCGUCGGCGAAACGGUCAAGGCGUACUUGCAUCUUGAGACAGAAUCACCGAAAUGGUCCUCGUUGAACAGCCGCUUCCUGAUCGCGAAUCUCGUAUACGUACCGCCAGCUGCCAAUAUCACCAUAUUCGGCGAGCUGUAGAUCGUAGUCAGACGCACAUACCUCUACCGAUACUGGACAAGUCAGCCAACACACCUACAUGCGCUUCUGUCCAUAGAACCAUUAUCAUCAUACGACAUAGAUUUGCACAACAUGCCUCGAAAUAUCUGGUAACAUCCUUGGAGCGCUGCCACAUGCACCGUCUAUUGAAGUCGUCCAUCACUUGAACUCAUGACGGGCUGUCGUAGCCCUGCAAAGCUCAAGGCCUCCAUGCGGGCCUACCCAUGCUCCCCGACGCGUCGUUCACCGGCGUCAUCCAAUACGACCAGAACCUCAGCUGAUUCCCUAGCGCACUCGGAGGCGCGAGCGGGCUCGGCGAAAACUUCUUGCUCGAGCCCACGCCUCCGCGCAUCGUCCUCGCCGACCCGGCGACACCCCCCAGACGCUGAAAGCUCUCCAUCUGCCACUCGG